UUUGUUAUUUGCUAUUUAACUAGAGUUUCAAUUAGAGUUGUAACUAGAAUUUCAAAAAAAAUUACGGUUUUAAGACGAACAAUUGAUGUAAAUGGAAUAGGAUCUAUGUGAAAAUCCAUAAAGAUGUCGAGUGACGUAAUUAUAAUGUGCGAGCAAUUAAAGUCGAUAAUUGGCAGCAAAGACAACAAAAAGGCGUGCACGCUUCUUGAUUCUAUUGACCGAUAUUUCGAUGAUAGGAUUUCCGAAAAUGAAAUUGAUUUGGCGGUUGCAAAGGUUUUUAGCGAAGAUGGUGGCGUUUUAGGAUUCAUGAAACUUUGCUUAAAGAACAUGUCGCAGAAAGACAAACCAUUUCACGAGUCAACGAUCAAAUCAUUUGAUUUAUUUAUCAAGAUUAUUAAACUUUACCCACAAAAAGUGGACAACUGCGCAGAUAUUGUUGUAAUUAUUUGUUUAGAGUAUAUUCGGUCGAUGAUAACAUCGGCCAAGGAAAAAGAACGAGCGGGCUCUGUGAUUGAAACUCUGAUUUCGGAAAAAUGCUGUUCGUCGGUGGAUCGAACCUUUUUGAUGAACGAACUGUUGAGAGUUGUUGAGAUAUCAAAAAAUUCGGGAACGGUUCAAUCACGUAUUUUUGGUUUGAUCGGUUGUUUGGCCAAAGAUUAUCCAGAUUGUAUUGAAAAUGUGGUUGAGGACGGCAUGAAAAUUCGUGAUAUUUUUUUUAAGGCAUUGGAAAAUGUUGUUGUCAACAAACAAAAUACAACUUUGAUACAGCUCACUGGUGCCUUCAAUGGUUUGAAUGAUUUCAUGGAACAUUUUGGACCGUCCGAUGAUCACAAAGAACAUUUUUCCACACGUCUUUACAAAUGCAUCAAACAAUUCUCCAACCCGUUAGACGCAAAGCAAAAAGGUGUAUUUUGCAGUGCACUGACACUAUUAGCAAAACGUUGUGAAGUAUUUCGAAAGGAGGUGUUUGAUGAUUUUUACUAUUGGCAUGAUUUACUGGUGAAUGUAUGGCUCAAAAUGGAUUCAUUCGAUAGUCGUCGACCAGCCAUUUUGUUAUUGCACGCGUUACAUCGUGAAAUCGCCAUUUGUUUAUUGGAAAUUGAUGAUUCCGAACGAUGUUGUCAAAUUUUUGAUUUUUUACAAUCAUACUUCAAAUCGAGACUGGAAUCGUCACAGAGUCAACCAUUCGAAGUUCGUUUAGCGAUUGUUGGUUUUGGUUUGAUCGCUGCACCAUGCAAGAAACUACUCUCACGUGAACAUCUGAACGAAUUGCUUCGAUUGGUAAUGCAGCGCACAGAAAGCGCUGCAAACGCUGUCAAUCACCAUAGAAAGGAACAGCUCGAACAUUUUCCAGACUAUGUUGAAGCGCUGUCGUUAAUUAUGGAACAGGUGGAUCAUUUGUCUGGGACACAAUUGAAUGUUCUUCAAAGCAUAGUUGUGGCGGUGAUUAAGAAUUUUCAUCUGCUGUCGACUGCACAUCAUGACAUGACCAUAAACACUCUAAUGCGCACAUUUCACAAUUUGUCAUUGCUUGGCGAUUCGAUCGUCGAUGACGUCAUCGAAAAGGUUAUUUACCAAGGAAUCAUUUGGACAUGUUCACACAAAUUGCCAAUCGAUGCAAGGUACGACUGGGAUGCGGAUACCAAUUGGACAGACCAAGUAACAUUCGUCUCUUAUUUACCGCUAUGGAAUGGAUUCCUGGCCGAAAUUGAAUCAUCGUCGUACAAUAGAACAGCGAUCGUUGGCAAAAUAUACGAUCACAUGAUGAAUUCGUUGUUCAAAAUUUUGAAUAAAUUGAAUUUGAAAGUGGAGAAACGAAAAUGUUGCGACGAUCAGGGGAAUGAGUUGUUCUUCAGCGAUCCGAACUAUGACUUGCAACCCGUAUUCGUGAAAGAUUUUCACAUUUUCUUCAAUUUGGUUGGGUUUUAUCACGACGUUCUAAAAGCGCAAAGUAUCGACAGUCACAAAACGAACUUUCUGAAAUGGAUCAAUCAAUUCACCGAAGAAGUUAUAUCGAAAUCAUUGAAGCAUCCAUUGGUCAGCGGUUUUGAACGGUUGAUGCAACUCAUUCUAAGUAUAUCAAAUCGUUUGGAUUACUUUGGCAACGAAUUGUACGAAGACAGCCAAAUAAACUACAACGAUGUCUAUUAUUAUUUGACUAAAACAAUAAAAAAAUCGCAACAAAGUUACGGUGAACUUCAAAUUGCGUGUUUAAAAUUACUGUUCACAUCGCCAGCUUCUAUGCUGCGCCGAUUAAUUCACGACAUGAUACCGGCAUUCCAAAUUGCCUUUCACAUUGGAAAAUCAAACGCAACCCUGUUCAUAGCCGGCAUGGCAUUGAGUACAAUAGAACGAUAUUUGGGCACCGUUGAUCGAACAACGAGCGACGCCAAGGAAUUUCUAUGCGCUGUAUUGCCAUACUUCGAUGCGUAUUUGCAGGGUUUCAAAAAUGAUCUGGUGCAAAGUGUUGAAGUGGCACGAAAACGUGUCCAAGGCACAAAACGAACCGCACAAAAACUGAUUAAAGUUAAAGAGAACGAUUUGCUGAAAUUCCAAAAGAGAAUCAUUCUAUUUUUGGGCACACUUGAACCGGAGUACUGUCAACAUGUGAUACAGCAUGAAAAUGCCAAUUUAGUCAAAUGGAAUACCAGCAAAAUUGUAUGUUUGACACUGUAUGGUCGGGAUUCAUUCAAUACGCAAAUCUACAUGGAUACAUUGAUUCCGCGUAUUUGUGAAAUUGCGACAUCGACCACCGAUCGACAGAAGAAGAUGACCGCUUGUGAAAUUAUCCAAGCAACAAUUCUCUAUCUGAUUGGUUCAAACAAUCACAGAGGUAAACUAUGGUCUGAACUGUGCAAGCUAAUGCUAGAAUUGGGCUGUGAUGGUGACAUCGGAAUACGACAGAUAUUUGAACCUCUGGUCAAUCAAACCAUGCACUAUAUGUCACGACCGGACCAACAACAAAUGGAGGGAAAUAGAAUUCUACUGAAAUGUCUCAUGGACGCAAUAUCGCAUCCAACCAAUUUGUCGGUUCGUGAUUUGGCAUCAAGAUCGUUACGGGAAUUUUUGAUAUGGACCUAUAAUCAGAGAGAGAGUGCCGAACAGUCUAAUGCGUCACCGUUCCAGAUCGAUGCGCUGAUAAAACAAUUGAAAAUGUUCAACUCGGAUGCAUUGCAUCAAAAGCGAUUUGGUGCUGCACUAGCGUUCAAUAAUAUCUAUCGCGAAUUGAGAAAAGCAUACCAUACGACGGAUAAAUAUUGGUUGGAUUUUCUUCAUGAUUUCUGCAUCAAUUUCAAAUUAAGCGAACAACAGAUGGAAGAAAAUUUGAAUUGUCCAUCGGAUUUGGAUCAAGUGUCGGCCAGUUUGGAUCAUGUCGAACGCGUUCUUCGUGAACAAAAUCAAAUUUUCAAUGAACCAAAUCCAAAUCGGAUCACAACCCCAGCGUACACAGGUUCAUUGUUAUUGCAUGCUGUACUUUGGCUUCUUGGUCAAACAAAUAGCACACAAAAUAUGUAUCGAAAGAAAGUCAUGGCAAUGUUUAUCGUUCUCGCGCCGUGUGUUGACACCUAUAAUUCAGCCGCUAUGUUCAUUCGAAGUACAUAUGAUCUUGAAUCGGUGAUUGAAUUGUGCGAUAAUAAAAUUGAUAUUGAAUAUUUCGACAAUCGUCGAGUCAUCGCAAUGUAUACAUGGCUGAAGAAACUGCGAACGUCACUCGAUUGUUAUAUCUGGUUCAUUCAGAAUGACUUUAUGCCGAAUCAUUGGAAAGAAAUAUUUGGAAAAAGCAACAUUUUCCGUGUACUUGAACACUAUAUCAAUAAUAUUUUGAAUAAAAAUCAAUUUGCUGAUGAUCAUCAUAUGGACGCCGGAACCAUUGCCGAAAUGGAGAAAAUCAAUAUGGAAAAGAGUGCCAUUUUAUUGUUGAUGCUACAAUUUUUGAACAAGACUAUUGCAAUCGAUUGUGUGCCCGAUGGAAUUUGGCAGCGCAACGAAUUAAUUUGGAUGAUUGAAACAUCUAUAUUUCGUCCACAAUGUCUUGAAUGCGAUUCAAAAAAUCCCGAAUUCCUGGCAGAACUACCGAAAGUUUUGCGAACAUUUAUCAUAAAUGUCAAUCGAUCAGCGGUGGAACCAUUCAAAACAGAAUUAAACGAUAAAUUGGUGCGAAGCACAACCGAAAUUUUCACAAAUUUAACCAAUUCCAUUGGCAAUAUACUAAAUCGUAGCUCAAUUUCAAUAACCGAAACGAACAAUUUGAAAGGUGUCGAUUUGAUUUACAGUCUCAUUAAAACGAAGGACAUUUCCACCAGCCAUAGUUUAAAUACAAAUAUCGAUGUGUUGGCCACUGACGUACUCUAUAAAAUGUUUGCUGAAAUCAAAGAAUGUCAAGGUGAUGAUUUAAUUGCCAAAUCACUGUCACCCGAUACGUUGAAAUUUACAAAAUAUUUGCUUCAAGUAUCGUUUCACAAAAAUCAAAUUUUUGUGAAUCUCAUCGAUUUAUUGCUGAACACAACCGAACUCACGAUAUACGAUUCACAAAAGACCAUUAAACAAGGAAAACAUUUUUUGAACUUGUACAAAUCGACAAUUUACAAGUAUUUAUUGAAAAGUGUCGAUAACAUUAUUGAACGUUUGAUAGUGAAAAUGUUGCCGCCAAAUGUGUCGUAUGUGUUGCAAAUAUUGUCGGAGCUCAUCGAAUAUGCGUAUAAAGCCGGACAAGAAAAUAUUCCACAAAUGAAAUUGCUAACGAAUAUUUUGCUCGGAAAUUGGCACGACAUACUGGCCAGAACCGAUGGUCAUGUGGAAAACAAAACGAAAUUAAUCGAUUUGAUGGAGCAUAUCGCAAUGAUUUGCCCAUAUGAAUUGACGUACAUAUCGGAGAAAGCUGCACAUUUUGAUAAUUGGUUGCUGAGCAUAAUAAACAAUGACGUGGACACCAUUGAUACCAAAUGUCAGGCGAUAUUUUUAUUGCCAUGUGUAAUUGGACCGGCAACGAAUGAUCAUCAAGAAAUUCAAAAUGCUCUGGAAAAAAUUCAAGAGAAUUACUUUCCAUUGUAUACAUCUGAAUUGCGGCCAGGAAGCGUUAAUUGGAAUACAUUUGAAAAUACAUUUCAAGUCAUUCUUGAUACAAUGUGCACAUCACAGUCAUUCGUUGUGUUGAAGUUUAUCAUCAAUUGCAGUGCACCAGACGCUGACCAUAUUAUGGACCGUCAAAUUGUACAGAGCACACGAAAAUUCAUGAGCUCCCUAAAACCAAAUCAUCAAUUGUAUUGCUUAAACAAAGUCUUUGAGAUGUUUUGCGGUUUGAAUUUCGAUGCUGCCAUCCGAACGGUAUUGAUGGAACGAUUUUUAUCGCAUAUGAUAUUGAGCUCAACCAAAGAUAUUGUUGCACAAUUUUAUGCCGAAAAUAUUCAAAAGAUUGAACUGUUAUUGGAAACUCAAUACACACUGAAUAUGUCUGAUUACAAACUGGAACAGGCCUUUACUUCACGCAUCGGUGUCUUUAAACUGAUCGAAAUUAUAAUUAUGAUUUUUGUACGACAUGAAAUUUGCGAUAAAAAUUUUCCAGUUUUAAGAGCAAAAUAUGGUAACAAUAUUAAAAAGGGCAAUGAACUAUUGGCAUGGAUGACAAACAAAGCAGACAGCGCAAAGAAAGAAACAUUUCAGACCACAAACGCACAACACAUGGAAUGGUUUCGUAAAUAUCAAUGUGCCGCUUAUAAAGCACUCUGCUCUCUCAUAAGUAAUACACAAACGAAUAUUAAUUUUUACGCAAACUUUUGUUUCAAUGAAAAUAAUUGGCGUUAUAUGAUCAAUACCACCGAUCCCGAUCUUUAUACAAGUCAAACAUUAGAAGUUGAUAAGCGGCCACAGAUCAAAGAGCGAAUGGUAUCGAUUCGGCGACUAAAGGAAAAUGAUACAGUGCCAAAUCGAAAGUAUAUCGAAACACAAAAUGUGUUUGAAUCGUCACUGAGUCAGGAUGUGACGAAAAUUGAUUUAAGUACAUCGUAUUUGCGAACCGCUGAUGAAGUCGAACGUCAAGUGAAUGCCGCAAACUAUCAACCGAAAACAUUGAUGUUGGAACGAAAUUCGGUCAAUGAUCAUGAAAUCAUGGCCGUGGUGUGCGGUGUUAUCGAUCAUAUAUUUGAAAAUGAUAUAGCAUCAGUUUCAUCGACGGAUUGGUUUCAAAAUAUAAAUAAAGUCAUUGCAAACAGCGACGUUCAUAUGAAUAUUCGGAUCUUUUUGGUAACAGCCAUCGACAAUUGCUCAAAAAGAUUCAAUCGAUGUGCCGAUUAUAUGACGCCAGCCAUUCUGAAAUUUUUGAUUGAUUGGACAACAUUAAAAGGAUCUAUUGAUGCCUUAACCGUAUUUUUAUUGGUCGAUGUGCUUGAAUGGUCCGAAAUUACAAAUCCAAUUAACGAAAAGAAUAAAAACGAUAUGCAAAAUCUUGCAACGAAAUUGAUGGCCAAUCUAAUGGCAUUUGCAAAUAGUCAACAACGUGAUGUGCUUCGCCGUAAUCUGGAACUCAUUCGCAAUUUGAUGGAACGAUGGCGUGAAUUUAUUGAGGUACCACAUGAAAUUCUGUAUGAGACGAUUACAGAUAAAAAUAUCGAGUCCAAAGUGAAUGCCUGUGGUCUUCAUCUAAAUGGUUUCGUAAUUGCCAACAACCUGAUACCAUGGACAACCGACGAGUCAAGAAAACGUUUUAUUAUAGCGAUCAUUUAUUGUUUGAACAAUAACCAUUCGGAGGUUUAUCAACCGGCCGCCGAACUUUUGGGCAUGGUAUUAAAUCAAAUCAUAGUCAAACAAAACAACAGAAGCAUUAGUAAAGAUAUGGAAGAAGUCAUAAGGGCUGUUGAGCAACGUUUGAAUGAUUGGAAAUUCAAGAAUGAAAAAAAAUUCAUGUACGUUCUGUACCACAUCGAUAAACGCUAUGUGAUUCAUAACAGUGGACUUAUCACAACAAUCACCAAUUUAAUGUCAAAAUGUACAUCGGAUAUGAAGAAAUAUUUCUUGCAAAUGUUCCUGAAUCGAGUCAAUGGAGCUGAACCUUGUGAUAUUCAAGUGUUUCUCUCCGAUCUAAAUCACUCGCAAGAAUAUCAACAUCAACUCCUUGGACUGCAUAUUUUCAACAAAGCACUACCAAAAUUGACCGCAAUCCGAAUUCAAAACAUGUUUCCUCGAAUCGCUUUAUUCCAUGAUGCCAAACAAAGCGAAAUUCGUGAUGUUGUGUACGAAAUAAUGAAAUAUGUUCGCGGAAAUUUAAGCGAAAAUCUCGAAUUGAAACAGAAAGCGACGGAAAUUCUAUUGAAAGGAUUGAAUGAUGUGGAUAAAAAUCUUCAAAUUACAGUAUUCAAAUAUUGGGAUGAAUUACCUGAAAUGCCGACCUCUUUAAAUGAUCGUGUUCUUUUUAUGCUUCAACAUUUGUACUUUUAUGAUUUUUUACAAUAUGGUGUUCAACUAUUGAUCCAUUUAAAUGCGGCCGAUUUAAAAAAAGAGGUUUUUCCAACACUUGCCAAGAAAUGUGAUUACGAUGAAUACGAUAUAAAUGUUCAUUGGAAGUCACAAGACAGUACACUUCGGGUACCAUUGUUCACUGAGUCACAGCAAAAGCAACUGAGCUCAAGCAGCGGUGAAUUUGAUCCAACACUCAGUUACUUACAAAAGAAACCACACUCGCUAAAUUUUGAACCAACAUUGGAUCCAUCGACAUUGUAUCGAGGCAGCGAUUCAUUUUCAUUGCAAUCGCAAAAUUCGUUACUUUUUGGCGAUUCGUCAUUGACGCUUGAUCGCCAAUCACAACAAGUACAAAGUAAAGUACAACCAUUCGGACCAAAGACAGAAGAAGAAAUUGCCAAUCGCAAACGUAAUAAAUUCAGCUAUUUACGCGAACGAAUUUUACGGAAUAAAGAUGUUGUGAGUCGAGAAAGAGCAUUGAGUGCGGUACGGCGACGCGACUACAAAGAACGUGAAGUAAAUCAACAACAAAAACGCAAAGAAGGUCAAGUCACAUUGUAUCGUCGCUAUCGUUUUGGCACAUAUCCCGAUUUUGCAAUAAAUAGUUUGGCAUUUUUGUUGCCACUACAAGUUUUAGUGAAGCUUGAUGUGAUUUUAGCACGAAAUACAUUUGUUACGAUUUUAAAUGCUGUUUACAAUGAACUGAACGAAGAGAUUCAGCGAGACUUUUCAACAGAACUUACCUAUUGCAUUGAAAACUUGAUACGACAAUCAAAUCAAUGCGAUCCAAUGCUGUUCAGUGCACUUACUGAAAUCGCAAUGACAAAUCAAGCUGAAUUAAAAAUUGAACCAGGUCUUGCGACAGCCAUACCAAAUGCCAAUAAUAUGAUGAUCAAUGCAAUUCUAUUGCUUGAAAAUAGUUUGAUGACAACACAUGACACAAAAUCAGAUGGUUAUGAAGAUGUAAUAAAUAAAUUGUGGGCAGAAAUGGCAAAUAUGUAUUACAAUUUAUCCGAAUUUGAUGUAGCGUCGAGCAUUUUUUGCGAUAAAAUUCAAUCCGAUCAAUUACAAACGAAGGCCAUUGAAUUUGAAUCGAACGGUGACUACAAUAGUGCUCUGCAUACGUACAUUCAAUCAAUUGAAGCACUACCCGAUGAUCUGGCCGACGAUUCAUGGGAAAAAUUGGCUCAGAAUUUUUCAUAUCAAUCGUUGUUCAAUUGCUACGAAGAAAUGGGACGAUGGGAGGAUCUUGAGGAUAAAGUGAAUUGUCAAUUGAAAAACGAGUCAAAUUCUCAAACUGAAUACGAGGAACUUUGGACCGAUGAUUGGAAUAUGAAUUAUCUUUUACAAUACUAUAUUCGUUCGGAAGUACGAACAUUAAUCUACAAUGGCUCACAAACACAAACAGUUCGAGAAUUUCUGUCCAAUAUUGGAGGUUGGUUGCAUAAUCCAACACGUGCUGAACAUAUAAAAAAGCACUUUGGCGAACAACUUAUGAUGCUACACAUGGCCAAUAAGGACUAUUUGGAGGCAAAGGUGUUUUCAAACCAAUACUUUGAGAGUUUUCUAAGCGAAUGGAGCGCAACGAGUGUUUUAUCGGAAAAAAUGCGUAACAAUAAAUUGAUGAAUAUGCGUCUUGUGGCCGAAAUUCAUAAGUAUGCAGAUCUUUUACAUAAAACAGUUGAUGAUGGUGCCAUUGAUGAUAGUGUAAUUGCCGCAUUGAAUGAUCGCUGGGAACAAACACAAAUGAACAAAGCCGAUUCAUCACAAUUAUGGGAUGCAUUGAUUUCGUAUCGGAUAUUUGUAACCGAACAGGCAUUGGAAAAAUUCCAACCAAAGACAGCACCAAUUGUUAGCCGGCUAACAGACAGCAUGUUCGAUAUGCAAUUUAAAUUGAAUGAAAUCGCCAUGCAACAACAAAAUACCGAAUUGUCGAACACCGUAUUGUGUCGUUUAGACACAUUUUCGAAAAAAUAUGAACAAAAUACGGGCAAAAGUAUAGUUCAAAAUGAAUUGGCCAAAGUACGGCACCAGCACCUUGAAUGGAUGAAUCUAAAUGGAUUCAAUUUGAAUGGAGGACUCGAGAAUUUAGUUAAAAUAUGGAAAAAUUUACGAAAUUUAUACGAUUUUCAACGAGACACACUCGAUGCAAAUCCAGACAUUCGCAUUAAAUUACUCGAUCAAUUCAAUGAAAUUACGGGAAAUGCAAGUAAAUUGAUAUCGGAAGGCGGUGCAGUAAGUGAACCAGUUAAAAAAUUGAUAGCAGAAUUAACCGAAUCAUCGGACCGUUCGCAAAACAUAUCCGAAUCGGUAGGCACAUUUGCACGUCGAUGUUGCAACGAAACAAUUUCAUUCGCUGAAAAAUACGAAGCGAACCAAUUGCAAAUGUUACAAACCACACAAACUGCAAUGAAAGAAAACGAUAUUGGAGAAUCAUAUUAUCGACUUGCUGUAUUCAGUUGGAAACAAACAAACGCUGGAUCUGAAGAAAGUCAACUGGAGGUGCAAAAACUAUUGAUAAAAUCAAUUUUACGUGGAAUGCGACACAAUUCGAAAAAUGCACGUCUUCAAUUUCCACGUUUGCUUCAGCUGAAAAAAAUCAACUCCAGAGAGUUAACGGACCUUUUCAAUCAAGAGGUGAAGCAUGUGCCCGUAUGGAACUUUUUGAAAUGGAUGACCCAGAUUAUAACCAACUUUGAUUUUGAGAAACCAUGUUUCUUGGACCAGUUACUUGUUGAAUUGGCCAAAACUUACCCGACAUCAGUAAUCUAUUCAUUCAAUUUAAUAUAUCAAAGAUUUCGUGAACGAAAACCGAAUGCCAGAAUUCGGUCGAUUGUUCGUCAAAUUCAAGCGGCCAUCCGGAAUCCAAUCAUCGAAAAGUUUAUUGAGCAAAUAAACUACGUGAGUCUUGCCGAAAAAGUGCUGUAUUAUCAUUUGAAUAAGAUUUUAAAACUAAAAGAUGAACAAGCCGUGAAGAAAGAACUCCAAAUAUGCUACGAUAAUGUCUAUGGAGGUACACGAAAUUUAUCGACGGCUAAUAUAUCCCCGACCAUUAAGAAAGAUUUUGAAGCACUCAUGAUUAUGAAACACAACCAAGUUGUUGAAGGUGUAAAUGCAUUGAUAAAAGUGAUAUCGUCUAUUAAAAAUCGUCAACCACAGUACGAGCUCAGUUGCUUCAGUGAAUGGUUGAAAGAGUAUCAUUGGUACGGUGGCAAUGAUUUUAUCGAAUUGCCUGGUCAAUAUACAGGAAAUGCGCCACCAAAUCCAAACAACAUUUUGAAAAUUGUGAAAUUUAACGAAAGAGUACAGGUUUUUUCAUCUUUACGGUGUCCAAUUAAAAUGAGUGCCGUUUGUUCUGAUGGUAAGACGUAUAAUUUGAUCGUGAAAUAUGGCGAAGAUGUACGACAAGACGAACGCAUUCAACAUAUUCAAGAAUUGAUGUCGGAUCAAAUGAAAACGGACAAGAAUUGUAGCCAACAAAAACUGUCACUGCAAACAUACAAAGUUAUACCAUUGAACACACAUUGUGGCAUUAUAAGUUGGCUCGAAAACACCGAUACGAUUAGUUCGCUUCUGACAAGUACCUAUCCAUCGUGGAAAAAGAUAGACUAUGAUAUUCGUCUUCGUUAUCUGAAAUUCAUCGAUAUGCCAAAAAAUGUCUCAAAUGAAAAGGAUCAGGAGUUAUUUAAUAAUGUUCAAGCUGUCCUACAUUAUUCGCAUGUUGAGCUGUCGAAAAACAUGCAAGAGCUCCAAAGCCAUGUGCCGCAAAAUAUGCUGCGAAAUGUAAUAUACAAUAUGAGCGCAUCGCCUGAAUGCUUUUAUGCAUUGCGAAAUAACUUCACAAAGAGCAUUGCGGCCAUGAAUGUUGCACAUUGGAUACUUGGAAUUGGUGAUCGUCAUUUGGACAAUUUUGUCAUCGAUAUGAGCAACGCACAAUUGAUUGCUAUUGAUUUUGAUAUGGCUUUCGGUAUUGCAACACGAAGUCAAACCGUUCCCGAACUCCUGCCAUUCCGUUUAACUAAACAAUUUGUGGAUGUGAUGCAACCAUUGAAGACCAGCGGAUUUCUGGUAAAAUCAAUGGCUCAUGUACUACGCACAUUCCGCAUGGACAGUGAAUCUCUAAUGGCUGCUCUCGAAUGUUUCAUUCGAGAUCCAUCUUCAAGCAAUCACAUUCGUGGAUGCGACCCUGACCAUCUUAUCAAUGCCAUCAAAGGGAAACUUAACGGCAUCAAUCCGUUAAUACCAAUUGAAAACGAUUUGGAAAUUGGAAACCUCAAACAGCAUAAAGGCGUCAUUCCAGCGUACAUAAAACUAUUGAAAGGAAGCAAUCAAAAAUAUCGUCACAAUUUGCCUAAAGAAGAUUUAACAGUUGAGCAGCAGGUUAAAUGUUUGAUUGACCUCGCCACCGAUCCAUCAGUUUUGGGUGCUGCCUACAUUGGAUUCAAGCCAUGGUGUUAAAAUAACAAUAUUUAACAUAUUGUCCAUAUUGAUAAUAACUUCCCUGUCGGGAGUAAAAAAUAAAAAACAAAAAACUCAUAUGUGAUGAAGCUUUCGAAAAGUCAAAAUUAAAAAUGAAAUAUUUUUUUGAAUUAAAACUCUUUACAUUAUAACUAAAAUAUGAA